GAGCGGGCUGAACGACGCGCGGCCUGUGGGCGCCGGCCGCGGCGGGACCAUGAGGCGGUGGUCGGCGGAACUGAGGAAGGCGAGGGAGCAAAAGGGGCCGGGAUGAAGGGGUAGUCUGGUCCCAGCAAAAAUACUGGAUUAAAAGCAUGGAAAUCUGAAGACCUCUGUUCAUCCUAUAAAGGGAUAAAACAAUAAUUAAAAACAAAAAGAAGAGAUGGGAAAUCCAGAAACCAUUGGGAAUGCAUAUGUUGCAGUGAUUCGUCCAAAAAAUACUGCAAGCCUGAAUUCUCGGGAAUAUCGAGCUAAAUCCUAUGAAAUUUUGUUGCUCGAGGUUCCCAUUGAAGGUCAAAAGAAAAAAAGAAAGAAAGUUUUAUUGGAAACUAAGCUGCAGGGCGGCACUGAAAUAACCCAGAGCAUCUUGGAUUAUGUGCUAGAAGCCACCAAACCAAUUUCACCGGCCAAUCAGGGUAUUAAAGGGAAGCGUGUAGUGUUAAUGAAGACAUUCCCUCUUGAUGGAGAGAGAGCAGGCCAGGAGGCAUCACUUUACAUCGUUCCAACUGUUGUGAAAGAUAAUACAAAAUACACAUACAGUCCAGGCUGCCCUGUGUUCUACUGUUUACAAGACAUCAUGAGAGUCUGCAGUGAAUCCAGCACCCAUUUUGCAACGCUUACUGCAAGAAUGUUAAUUGCCUUGGAUAAGUGGUUGGAUGAACGGCAUACCCAGUCUCAUUCCAUCCCAGCUUUAUUCAGACCAUCUCCUCUUGAGAGAAUUAAAACAAACGUAAUAAACCCUGCUUAUGCUAUAGAACCUGGUCAAACAGAGAGCUCAUUACACAUGGGUUAUACUGCUCUGGAAAUAAAGAGUAAAAUGCUGGCAUUAGAGAAAGCAGAUAUGUGUAUCUAUAAUCCUUUAUUUGGAUCUGACCUUCAGUAUACCAACAGGGUUGACAAAGUGGUAAUAAAUCCCUACUUUGGCCUUGGAGCCCCAGACUAUUCAAAAAUUCAGAUUCCUAAAAGAGAAAAGUGGCAACGUAGCAUGAGCAGUGUCACAGAGGACAAAGAACACCAGUGGGUAGACGAUUUCCCUCUUCACCGCAGUGCUUGCGAAGGCGACUCUGAUUUGCUAAGCCACCUUCUGGAUAAAAAGUUUUCUGUUAAUCAGUUAGACAGUGACCACUGGGCACCAAUCCAUUACGCAUGCUGGUAUGGAAAAGUUGAAGCUACUCGGAUGCUACUGGAGAAAGGAAAGUGCAAUCCAAAUCUUUUGAAUGGCCAGCUUAGCUCUCCUCUACAUUUUGCAGCUGGGGGUGGGCAUGCUGAAAUAGUACAAAUUCUCCUGAAUCAUCCAGAAAUUGACAGACACAUUACUGAUCAACAGGGAAGGUCUCCACUGAAUGUCUGUGAAGAGAACAAACAAAAUGAGUGGGAAGAAACUGCAAAACUGCUGAAAGAUGCCAUAAAUAAACCUUACGAAAAGGCACGAAUUUAUCGUAUGGAUGGGUCAUACCGCUCUGUGGAGUUGAAACAUGGAAACAAUACCACUGUGCAGCAAAUAAUGGAAGGGAUGCGUUUGUCUCAAGAAACCCAGCAAUACUUUACUAUCUGGAUCUGUUCUGAGAACCUCAGCCUCCAAUUGAAGCCAUUCCACAAGCCUUUGCAGCAUAUUCGAGACUGGCCUGAAAUUUUCACUGAACUGACAAACCUGGAUCCUCAGAGGGAAACAUCCCAGCUUUUCCUGAGAAGAGAUGUGAGACUUCCACUAGAAAUAGAAAAAAAGAUUGAGGAUCCGUUGGCUAUUCUUAUUCUUUUUGAUGAAGCCAGAUAUAAUUUACUGAAAGGUUUCUAUACAUCGCCUGAUGCCAAGCUGAUCACCCUGGCAAGUCUCCUUCUACAAAUAGUUUAUGGAAAUUAUGAGAGCAAGAAACAUAAACAGGGCUUUCUGAAUGAAGAAAAUCUCAAAUCCAUAGUACCAAUCACUAAACUAAAAAGUAAAGCUCCUCAUUGGACAAACAGAAUACUUCAUGAAUACAAGAACCUCAGCACCAGUGAAGGUGUAAGUAAAGAGAUGCAUCACCUUCAGCGCAUGUUUCUGCAGAACUGCUGGGAAAUUCCAACUUACGGAGCAGCUUUUUUCACGGGACAGAUAUUCACCAAAGCAAGUUCAAGUAGCCAUAAAGUCAUCAAAGUCUACGUAGGAGUAAAUGUGAAAGGGCUGCAUCUCCUGAACAUGGAAACAAAGGCUUUACUGCUCAGCUUGAAGUAUGGCUGCUUUAUGUGGCAGUUGGGAGAUGGAGACACAUGCUUUCAAAUACACAGUCUGGAAAACAAAAUGAGUUUCAUCGUGCAUACCAAACAGGCAGGACUCAUCGUAAAACUUCUGAUGAAAUUAAACGGCCAAUUAAUGCCUACUGAAAGAAACGAAUGACGGACAGAUGAAGAAACGGCAUCUUAUGGCUAAGCAAAAAAUUCUCACCUAACAGAAGGCUUCCAUGUACGUGAAUUUUACACAAGAGAAAAACCCAUUUGUACAGUUUUUUUAACUUUGUACAGAAGCUGCAUGAUUUAUUUUUGUAAAGAUCUAUACGACAUAUCUGUUAUUUUUAUAAAUAUUUUCAUUUCGUAUAUAAGCUACUGUAGAGCUUGAGCUACCAGUGAAAGCUAGCGACAUUUAAAUGCUUUACCAAAUUGAACAAGAGUGAAUCAAGAGCCAUUCUUGACUGCUGGAAGAGAAUCAAUCUGGAAACUUCAUUCCCAAAGGUUGAUGGGGCUGACGGUGCCAUUAAGCACAUCUCAGUUAACACCUUCACCUUGCAUGUCUUUCUGUGGAGCAUCGAGGAGGUUGUAUAUGUUACAGUAUUUUUUAGACAAACUUCAUUUUUAAAAUGCUCUUGAUUAAGCAUGACUGGGAGACCAGGCAGUCUUUUGAGCAACUGCUUUUGAUAAACUCUUACUUGGUUUCUGACAAACGUUGUAGCUGGCUUUAUUUUUACUCUGAUUUCUCAUACUUUGUAUUCACAUUUAUUGUAAAAUACUGCAUGAAGUUGUCAAAAGGGAACUACUUUAAAUCUUCAAAAGCCAUAUUUGAUGUUUAGCGUGCUUGUAAGAAAACUGGACUUUUACUUUUGCCGUGCAAUAUAAAACAUUUGUAUAUGGAGAAGGAGGAGAUUAACAAACAAACCUCACACAGAGGUCUUCAGAUCGUUUAAUAAAUCUUACCCUGGAUUGCAACACAUCUUCAGUAACAAGAAAGAACUCAUACAGGGGGUACUAAGUUAAUUCUGUUCAACUAGCUUUCCUUCUCAUUGCUUAUUCCAGUUUCUUGAGAAUGCAGGACUUAAUGCUACAAUUACUGUUUAACCUGCAAGUUUAUAAGCAUUCUUCCUGCUCUUUACAAAGUCACAGCUGGGUCUUAACAAAUUAGGUCUCAAGCGUAAGAUGGGGGGACCCUAUGGAUUCUGAAAUGUCUUUGUACUUCACAAAGUAUUCAUAAUACACCUCUACAAAUGCUGGUUGUGUUUCAGGGUUUUAAGUGCACUUGACUAUUCCUUCCAUGUAAGCUGCAUGCUAAAACAGUGUGCAAUAUUUUGUAAAGAGAAACAAAACCCCAACUGUGCUGUUUUGUAGUACCUUUAAUAGUACCUCACUACUAGAACAUACACUUUAAGAAAUUAAAGUUUUAAAAAAGUUUAGAAAAUGAACAGAAGAUAUUUUGAAGUCUUCUUAGCAGCUUUACUACUUAAUGGGCAUAAUUAGCAGUGAAUCUUCAUGGAUUGUUAUCUUCUAUUUCUGGUAAAUAAUGCAACAGUCAGGUUCCUUUGUAGCAUCCUUGCUACUGUGGCACUGGUAUCAGAAGUACCCUUCUCUACACAGCACUUUGUUACAAAACUAGAGGUAAAAUGUUGAUGCAUGUCACAGUUGCAUAUCUAACAAUAGUAUUAAUAUGCCUUAUUGCUGUACAGUUCUUUCUGCUGAGAUUCUUAUUUAUUACUACCUAAUAAAUUGUUUACAAGUCA